AUGUUCAACACAUCUGCGUGGCCACUUGCGGUUAUCAUAGCUGUUAUUGUGGUGUAUUUCAUUAUCUCUUAUCGUCAAUUGAUGUGGAUACGAUGCCUUCGUUUUUGCUGUUGUUGUCGUAAACCAACAACACAGAUGAUAGAUUCCGUUAUCAUAUUCCACCGAUGCAAAACUAUACAAUUCAACACUGAGAAAGUGAUAUGUCUUUGUUGUAGGAGGUUAAUGACUAGUAAAAAUGUUUCGUGUACUGUUUGUUUAGAAGAUUAUGAAGACGGUGAGGAGUUAAUGCUUUGCCCCUGUGGUCAUGGUUACCAUAGAGAGUGUAUUAAAAAAUGGAUACUUCGAAAAAAUACUUGUCCACUUUGUAACGUUUUGAUCAGUAAAAAUAUUCAUGAAGAAAUUGCACCAUUGUUGUAUACAUGA